GGCUCGCGGGGCACAGGGGUGGGGGCCGGCCGUGAAGAUGGCGGCAGUGGUGGAGGUGGAGGUUGGAGGAGGUGCUGUUGCGGAAAGGGAGCUAGAUGAGGUUGAUAUGUCAGACCUGUCUCCAGAGGAGCAAUGGAGGGUCGAACAUGCACGUAUGCAUGCCAAACAUCGUGGCCACGAAGCCAUGCAUGCCGAAAUGGUCCUUAUCCUCAUUGCUACCUUGGUGGUGGCCCAGCUGCUCCUGGUACAGUGGAAACAGAGGCACCCCCGUUCUUACAAUAUGGUGACCCUCUUUCAGAUGUGGGUUGUUCCCCUCUAUUUCACAGUGAAGCUGCAUUGGUGGAGGUUCUUGGUGAUCUGGAUCUUCUUCUCUGCUGUCACAGCCUUUGUCACCUUCCGAGCCACACGGAAACCUCUAGUGCAGACAACACCAAGGUUGGUUUAUAAAUGGUUCCUCCUAAUCUAUAAAAUCAGCUAUGCCACUGGCAUUGUUGGCUACAUGGCUGUCAUGUUUACCCUCUUUGGUCUUAACUUAUUAUUCAAGAUUAAACCAGAAGAUGCGAUGGACUUUGGCAUUUCUCUCCUCUUCUAUGGUCUCUACUAUGGAGUUCUUGAGCGGGACUUUGCAGAAAUGUGUGCAGACUAUAUGGCUUCCACCAUAGGGUUCUACAGUGAGUCGGGCAUGCCUACCAAGCACCUUUCAGACAGCGUGUGUGCUGUGUGUGGGCAGCAGAUCUUUGUGGAUGUCAACGAAGAAGGCAUCAUCGAGAACACAUACAGGCUUUCCUGCAAUCACGUAUUCCAUGAGUUCUGUAUCCGAGGCUGGUGCAUCGUGGGAAAGAAGCAGACGUGUCCCUACUGCAAGGAGAAGGUGGACCUGAAGAGGAUGUUCAGCAAUCCCUGGGAGAGGCCUCAUGUCAUGUAUGGACAGCUGCUGGACUGGCUUCGAUACUUGGUAGCCUGGCAGCCUGUCAUCAUUGGCCUGGUACAAGGCAUCAGCUACAUCCUGGGCCUGGAAUAAUCAGGAACCACCUCAUUGGAGAACCCAGCCCACCCACCAUGGACCUCAGGGCGCUCUCCUUGCUGCCCACGAAGACUCGGGUGGGAAAGACUCAAAGGCACUUGGGCCACUCAGGACCUCCUCAGCUGUGUCUGGGUUGCGGGGGGAAAUGAUGGAGAACCAGCCAGUGGGGCUGUCAGCAGUGGGGGCUUUUUAAAAGAAAAUUAUUUUGAUGAAUAUAUUUAAAUUUUUUUAUUGUGGAGCAUAGGAACUGUCCCCCACCCCAUGGCCUUACCCUCCUUGAACAGGGUAGGGCAAAGCUGUUGGUUGGGAAGCGUCUUCUCACCUCUGGCUAAGAGCAAUGGUGGGUUUUCUGGUGGCUACCCUUUCCCUUCCCUUCCCUCUGCAAGGCUGAAGCCCGGUUUGCAGAGCUCAGACUGGUGCCACAGAUCAACAGUGAGCAGCAGUGAAGGGUCUCUUCAUCCGUCUGGGGUAUAAGAUGGCUGUUGUACAUGGCUCUGUUCCCUUUUUGUCUGGAAACUAAAGACUGAGUGUGGCAAAAUCAAUGACAUUUCCAACUAGGGAAGCCCUGUGACCUCAGAAUUCACUGACAUGUUUUGGGACAACUGGAAGAAUGAGUAGUGCAGAUAACCUGCUGCUGGGCAGGGCUGUUGCCAGACAGGGCAUAGAAACCAUCGGUGUAUAGUUGAGCUGUGGAAGCUACUUGGGCAGCAAUGGAUGUUGAGCUUCUUGUGCAAAUAGACCCUUCAGCCUGGAAGUGGUAACAUGUGCCAAAGGCCGCUCUGCACCUCACUUCCUUACCAAAAGCCUAA